UUGACAUUCAACAUAAACAUAACCUCUAUAGACUAUUUUGUAAAAAUAAAAUGUAUUUAUAGAAAAGAUAGACAACAUAAAAAGCAGAAGUACCUUAUGUAAUCAGAUUUAAAUGGAAUACACGACAAAUGAAGUGAAAGAAUAAUCAUGGGAGUACGAGGUUUGACUACUUAUAUUAAUCAUAAGGAGCAUGCUUUUCUUCAAGAUUUUUUGCUCCACGACUGCUGUUUGAUCAUCGAUGGGCACAGUUUAUGUGCUCAGUUAUACAGACUACUCAACUGCUUUUCUGCCUUCGGCGGAGAUUACGACAAAUUCUUUAAUUAUGUCCGGAAUUUCUUUAAAAAUCUGAGAAAAUGCAACAUUACCCCGUACGUUUUAUUUGACGGGAGCUACGAGCACAGGAAACUCAGAACUGCCUAUAGUAGAUUAAGGUCUAAAAUCUAUGGUGCGUCGAAGCUUGACCCGGUUACUCAGGGAAGCUUACAGAUUUUCCCGCUUAUGAUAAGGGAUGUUUUUAUAGAGGCACUAGUAGAUAUGAAUGUGCCAUACACUGUUUGUGAGUUUGAGGCUGAUGAUGAGAUUGCAGCAAUGGCGCGUCACCUCAAUUGCCCAGUUCUAAGCUACGACUCAGACUUCUUCAUCUACAAUGUUCUAUACAUCCCUUUCAAUACUUUAGACUUCAAAGCUAAACCCAUAGAGAUAGAAGGUAAUAAAACCUUUGUACUAACAUGUAAAAUCUACAAAGUAGAAUACAUGGUCAAGAAUUUUGGAGGUCUAAAAGAAGAAUUGCUACCCUUAUUAGCAACAUUACUUGGCAAUGACUUUGUGCAGAAGAAAGUUUUCAAAAAGUUCUUCUCGCAGCUCAAAUUGCCAAAGACAAAGAAGAAGAGCAAUGAUCAACAGAAAUGUAUUCAUGGGUUAUUCCAAUGGCUUCAGAAUGAAACUUUAGAGACGGCCAUAGCUAAAAUAUUGGGCAGGCUGAAAAAAAGUCAGAAGCAAAGAGUUCUUUAUGUAAUAAAGAAAAGUAUAGAUGGGUACCACAGUAAGCAGUGUAGAUCUUUGCAGUUCUUUGAUAUAUCUCAGGAUAACACCAUUGAAGAAGACUGGCAACUGUCUAAGGACUUUGAAGAAAAUAUUUUAGCUGAAGAAAAUGACACAGAAAAUGGUGAAGAUGACAAAUCUUCGGAGAAUGAAGAAGCUUCUUCAGAUGAUGAAGUUGAAGAGCCUGGAGAAGAUGGAGAAGAAGGAGACGAAGUAGAAGAAGAAAUAACUGAUAUUGAAGAAGAUCAACUAGUUUUAGGUGUUCCCGAAUGGUUUGCAGAUGGUAUACGCCACAACUGUAUCCCAAAAGCAUACAUCAAUCUUUAUACUCACCAUCUUUAUUUCUGUUCACCACAAGCAGAAGAUUAUUAUGAAGAAGACUCAUUUCUAUGUUGCUUACCAAUAUUGAGAUAUGCCUUUGAUUUGCUCACAGACUUUUCCGAGGAAAAAUGCAUAUACGUCAGCCGGGAGAGAAAUACUAGUUACAAAAGGCUGUUUUUAGAAAAAGACAUUGCCACAGCAAGACCUUUUGAGAUACCAUUUUCUGAAUUAACAGAGGAUCAACUGAAAUCAUGUUUCUAUCAUUUUAUAAAAGAACAUAUGAAAGAUUUAGAUUUGAGCUUAGUAGAAUGUCUUCCAUGUAAUUUUAAACUAUUUUUUAUCUCUAUUCUCUGGUGGGUUGCAAAAUGCAAUGUCCCAUUGGGCAAUAUUCACAGUCUUAUAAUAGGAUUUGUAAUUUUAGAUGCCAUUGACGAAAAAACUGGCACAUUUAGAGGGAACUUCCAAUUCAAUAACAAAUACUCCAAAAAGGUUGAAGAAUUAAAAAAGAAUGCAACUGCAUACUCCUUUGAUGAGAGCGAUCUAUUCAUGAAUAAAAACAAAGUGCAAUAUGAAGACAGUUUGAUAGCUGCCCAUGUUUUAUUAAAACAUUUUGAGUUAGAUGACAAGAUUAAGAAAAAACCUAAAAGUUAUGAUACCAAGAAAAUGCACUCAUUUGCUCAAUUUCAAUGCUGUUUGAUGCAAAUUAACAGCCUUAACACUUUAUGUAGGAAUCCUUUUGAAAGUACAAAGUACUCAAAAACAUUUAAUGGAACAUUUGUAUAUAAUUUAGCAGUCAAAUUAGAGACUCAGGUUGACCCAAAGAACUUUCUAGACCAGUAUCUGAGAGGUGCAAAUUCAGUACUUUUGUACUAUAAAAGUUUAUGUAGUAUUUAUGAGAAAUGUUCUGAGCAAAUGGGUUUAAGAACUGCUCAAUGGCAAGGAAAAAAGAAAAGGCGAAGAAAGAAAAAUACGGAAGAUGAUGAAAUCAAUUUUAUUGUGAAAGGAUUUGAAUCAGAGGUUUUUAUUUAAAAAAUAAAACAUAUUUUUUAUAACAA